CUUGAAAGCGCACGAGAGUUUGGAAUACGCGAUUGCGCGGUCUUUGUUUUCGUACAGUACUUUGGGUUUCAAACUAAGUAAAGUUUGACUGCUGUGUAAUGGAAGUUGGUGAUUUAAUAGCUACUCCUCUCAAAAUAUACGACCAGAUAUGUCAUGCAAAUACUGAUAAGUCUUUUCACGGUGAAGUUCAAAAAGUUAUAAAUGAUUACUCCUCGAAGGUGCCUUUAUAUGGUUGUACUGCUUUGGACCGAAUUCCAGAUGGUCAUUUAGUGCGCAUCAUUGGAAUGGUUCAAGAUAUGUUUAACUCUGAGCUGUAUAUGGAUACGUAUCGUUUGUCAACGAAUGACGAAACUAUCAGGUCUUUCAGAUAUCGAGAUUACAGUGACUUCCAAGUGUAUGAUGGUGCUCAAACCCAAUUUAAAAUUAAUGAUAUUGUUGAAAUCUAUGGAAUAUUAGAACAUGCACGUCUGUGUGCUGCAUUACCCGAGGAUUGUUGUGAACCAGAGGAAAAAUGUCAAGAACCUUUGCCUAGAAUACAUGCUGUUAUAGUGAAACAGUUAAUGCAUAAUAAUCCACUUAUCUGUGAAAUAUCAGCUCCCCUAGUUAGCAGUCAGUGUGGUGAGAUUCAAUCGAUUCGUGCAAAGUUAAUUAAUCUUUUGACUACAUUGUUUUAUGGUGAUGAAAUUGUAGCUGAAUAUGUACUGUUACAUCUUGUGUCGACUCGACUUUCUACUGAUUCACCGUAUCCUUGUCAUCUACCAGCUAUAAAUAUUCACUGUGGAAAUAGAAUUGCAUCAAAACCAAAUAGUACUGAUGACUCCUCCUAUGACAUACAGAAACAAUCCUUACUCAAGUUAUAUAGUCAUUUGCAUAGAUUUUUACCACAAUUAGUUACACAUCUGGCUACUAUAGAAUUGACAGUGAAAUCGUUGAAUGAUGGUCCUUGCCUAAUUCCAAUUCGUGAUAUGGCUAAAGGACAUUUAAAUCCUGGACGUUUACAAUUACCUAAAGGGACAGAAAUACUUGUCAAUGAAAUAGAAAUGGAUUCUGGUCAAUUACAACCAAAAGGAUUAUUAAAUUUUCAGGCAUUAAGUUCUGUAGCAAUUCAUCAACGUUUAUCAUAUGAUUUUCAAUUUUAUAAACAAGAAUGGGAUACUGAUGUACGCGUACUUAUCCUGUCAGUUGUUCCAUCAUUGAUUAAGUCUGUUUUAUCGUUACCAUGGCAACCACAAACAUUGAAUGCUGAUGAUAACAUGUGUUUAUUGGAAAAUAGCAUCUCUGAAAGUGAAUGGAAUGAUAUGCGAAAAUACUUGACAAUAUUAGCUUACAGUAAUAUAACUUAUUCAAUGGAUGCAGAACUACAAGAGCGUAUUAAUCAAGAUUUUGUUCAAUGGCGAAGAGAUAAAUCAACAUUCAUUGAAUCGGAUGAAUUCGCUGUUAUGCUAUGCUUACUCAGGUUUUAUUGUUUAACAUAUGGACAUCAAUCUCCAACUCUAGAGCAUUGGCUACAUAUUGUUGACUUGGAAAAGAAACGUAAAUCAAGAACUACUGCUUCAGGGAAAUAAAUUUUCAUCUUUCAAUGAUUGAUGUGAUCAUUAUAUUCAAAGUUGAAGAGAGAAAGAAAAAAAAGGAUAGACAGAUUUUAUGUAUUAUUUGUUUGAUUUUUGUAUGAAUAAAUGCACCAUUUUUAUAAGGAGAAA